AUGGGCCUGCCGCCCAACGCCCGCAUGCCCGACCCCAACACCCCUCCUCCCGACGACGGCGACCCCAUGCUCGCGCUGCAACAGGUCGAUCGCGACUGGACACUCGACCUCCCCGAUACCGACCAUGUGCGCUUCUUCCGCGGGGCCAAUUGGGCGAAGAGCGCACUGGGCCCGCCAAACACCUGGGACGAGACGCUGCGUGUCUUCACGCGCAUGGUCUUCGCCGAUUCGCGCGCAGCCUGCAUCUGGUGGGGCGACUCGUACACGGCCAUAUACAACGAAGCGUAUGCGCCUCUCGCAGCAGCCGUCCACCCCAAGCUGAUGGCAUCUUCCUUCUGGGACUGCUACCCAGAUCUGUGGCCGAGCAUCAAGCCCUUCUUCGACAAGUGCCGCGAUUCCGGCGUGGGGCUUGACUACUCGCCCGAGCAUGCUCUCAUGGUCGAGCGGAAAGGGUGGCGAGAAGAAGCAUUCUUCAACGGCAAUUUUGUCCCAAUCGGCAAUGGUCCCACCAACCAACCCCAAGGGUACUACAACUCGCUCUUCGAGGUUACGAGCCAACGCCUGUCCGACCGUCGAACCAUGCUGCUCAACCGACUGGCUUCGCAGGCCGACUUCGACCCCGACACCGCCUGCAGCCACAUCCUUGAGACGCUCACCACCGACGCCAACGAUCUGCCUCUUGCUAUGUUGUACGAGGUGGACGGUGACGAUUCGCCAUCACACGUUUUGCGGCUUCGGGGACAGUAUGGCCUUCCGGAAGAGCACAAGCUGAAAGUGGACAACCAGGACAUCGAUAGCGACGAAGGUCUCAUACCAGAAUGCCGCCGUGCUGGGGCUGAGAUCCUGACCAUUGACUACGAUGAGCGCUUCGAUUCUGUGUCAUGGGCUGGAUUCGGUUCGCCAUCCAAAACGAUUGGCAUCUUACCCAUCAACACUGGGUCACGGGUAUCUGGCUACUUGAUUGUUGGGACAAACCCGUGCCGACCCUUUGAUGAUGCUGGUCUACAAUUUUUGAAAGACGUUGGCCGUACAGUAUCAAGUAUCAUGAACCUCGCCGUCAGCGCCGCGAAAACAAGAGAGCGACAGCGAAAGCUCGAGGACGACCUGGCCUUUAGUGAUAUGAAGCUGCGCCACUUGGUCGAACAUGCUUCGGUUGGCAUGAUCCACAUGGGACUUGACGGCAGCAUUAUCUGGGCGAACGACCAAUACUAUACUUUGUCCGGAAUGACAGCAGAAGAGCAUGUUGGCUUCUUCAAAUUCUGGGACGUUUACAUCGAGGAAGAUUUACCUAGAGCCCAAGACGCUUGGACGACCCUGAGUUCGGGCGUCAAUCAUAUCAGUAUAGAAUUGCGACUGAAGCGGCUUUUCACUGCACCCAAUGGCGAUGCAGAGCCCGCCCAGAUUCAGGUUCUAGCAUUCCCUUAUCGCGAGGGAGAGACAGUCAGAUCAAUCAUGGCUUGCACUACCGAUAUCUCAAGACUCAAGUGGGCCGAAACUUUCCAGGCGCGUCUGGCAGCCGAAGCGCGAGAAGCGAAAAGACAACAAGAAGCGUUCAUCGAUGUCGUUUCCCAUGAGAUGCGGAACCCUCUUAGUGCAAUCGUGCAUUGUGCAGACAGCAUCUCCACCGGAGUCGAAGAGUGUCACGCCAAAGUCGCCGAUCUACCAGCCCUGCUGCUUGAGACGCUGAACGACAACGUGGCCUCGGCCAACAUCAUCAUGCAAUGCGCGAACCACCAGAAGAGAAUCAUCGACGAUGUACUCACACUCAGCAAACUAGAUUCCAUGCUGCUCUCCAUCACACCGACCGCCACACGGCCUGCCAAGCUGGUCAGCUCAAUCUCGAGUAUCUUCCAGGCAGAGCUCAAGUCGAACAAUAUCCGUUACAGCGUCACUCCCGACCCCUCUCUAGAAACAUUGAGCAUCGACCAUGUGUUCCUCGACCCCUCGCGCGUCACGCAGAUCUUCAUCAACCUCCUAACCAACGCCAUCAAGUUCGUCAAGACCUCCCAGGAGCCAACCAUCCUGGUCCGCUUCGGCGCAAGCAAAUCCUCACCCCGGUCCAUGUUCGCAAAAAACACUUUCUGGGCCUCAAAAGCAAAAGACUACUCCGACCCAACCGCCUCCCCCGACUGGGGCCACCUCGAAGAUCUCUACCUCACCUUCUCAGUCCAAGACUCAGGCAUCGGCCUCAAAGGCGCAGAAAUCCACACAAUCUUCGAACGCUUCCGCCAGGCCAACAUGAAGACGCACGUCAAGUACGGCGGCAGCGGGCUCGGGCUUUUCAUCAGCAAGGAACUCACCGAGAAGCAGGGCGGCGAAAUAGGCGUCUCCUCCGUCGCAGGUGAGGGCUCGACGUUCGGCUUCUACGUCAAGACGAGACGUGUGGAGCAUAGGCCGCAGACGCUCGGCGAGCUGUAUAGCGAGAGUGGAGGGAAGGCCGGGGCGCCGACCAAAUUGCACGUCCUGCUGGUGGAGGAUAACGUCAUUAAUCAGCAGGUUCUUGGGAAGCAGCUUAGGAAGGCGGGGUGCACGAUCGCCGUAGCGAACCACGGGCUCGAGGCGCUCGAGCUGCUCGAGAAGAGGGCGUUUGAUGUCGUGCUGAUGGAUUUGGAGAUGCCUGUUUUGAACGGGCUGGAAGCUACGCGGGCGAUUCGCAAGCGCGAGGCUGAGGGAGAGGGCAUGCUGGGGCGGGCAAGCGAGACGAGGGCGGCGGCGAGAUUGCCUGUUAUUGCUGUUACGGCGAAUGUGCGGCAGGAGCAGAUUAAUACGGCGCUUGCGGCGGGUGCGGACGACGUCAUGCAGAAGCCCUUCAAGGCAGUCGACCUCGUGCACAUGAUGAAGGGCUUGGUGCCGCAGGUUAUGCCUGCUACGGAGCCGGAUUCACCGGCGUUGGGGGACAGCCCGAGUCCGGGGGACUUUACCUGA